AUUGGAUCAUUUAGUUGACGGUUGUAGCCCCGUCAGAAAAAUUAAGUGCAAAAAUUCUUCGAACUUUAUUUUGUUAAUUUUACCUCUCAAUUUGCAAAGAAAAACGAAAAGUUAGUGUAUUCUAUUUAAAAUGAGUUGCAACAGGUCAAUUUGUUUCCUUCUACGAUGUGGGCAGACAACGAGAUGCUUCGCAAAUAUUGGCAAUAAAAAAUCUUUUGGGUCUUCCACCACCACCACCAUGUACGACAAACUUUUUGGAUACCCCAGCAGGCAAAUCCCCCGGAAUGGCAUGCAACGAUGGACAUCAGGGACUUCCGCUUCGAGGAAUCUCAGUGCCGAUGAGGCCAGUGAAUUUGUUGAUAACUUAUCCACGGAGGAGCGCGAGAAUCUCAAAAAUGCUUUAGCACAAUAUGACUCAUCCCAGGCGAGGCGCAGCAGGUUUGAAGUUGGGGAUCAAGGACCUCAGCUGGGAACUGCACGCUGGCGUAGUGGCAGAAUGCGAAGGAUAACGCAAGAUGCAACAGGCCGGACCGGGGAUGAAAUCGGCUCCCAUUGUAAAUUACCUGAAGAUUAUCUACAAAAGAAAUUGGCGGAUGUAAAAUCUCCUCCAACAAAUAGUCAAAAAUUACAGUUGAUCGUAAUUAAUGGAUUGCCCUUUAUUGGAUUUGGUUUCCUUGACAAUUUUAUGAUGAUCGUUUGCGGUGAUUACAUUGAACAAACUCUUGGUGGUUAUAUGUGUCUCUCAACAAUGGCUGCUGCUGGAUUAGGAAAUACAAUCAGUGAUGUCGUAGGUCUCGGAUCAGCCGUAUAUGUUGAGAGAAUGUGUGAAAGUAUAGGCUUCAAAGUUCCACCCUUGUCGAAAUUCCAAUUGGAAAUGAAAGAGAGUCGACGAAGUGCUAGUUUUGGUCGUAUUUUGGGAAUAACAAUUGGAUGUUUAAUUGGAAUGGUUCCUCUUCUGUUUAUUGAUACUGAGAAGAAACACACUGGAACCAAAAUAGAUGAAAAUACUCAUUGAAACUGCCAGCAAUUUUAGAUUAUAAAUAAGAAAAGGAAGUUAUCUAAAGUAGAGAGAAUAUUUAAAAACAAAAAUCAUUUAACGAACAAAACACAAUCAAAUAAACAUUACAUAUUGUGCUAACAAUAUUACCUACAAGAAAAAAGUAGAUUGUAGAAAAAUUGGCCAAGAAAACGUAGGAAAAAUAAAAUCAAAAAGCAAAUCUAAAUGUUGUGAGAAAAAAAGUUAUAUAGAAACGUAGUUGAAUAUACAUACAUAAUCAAGCUUUAAAAAAAUGAAAACUCAUGAAAAUUCUGCAGAAAUGUUUCUUUCCAAAAAAAAACAACAAUCUCUGUAUAAAACGUCUUUUUAAUUUUCAUUUAUUAUUAAAUGUAUUUUUUCCAACUUUUAAUUUCCAUGCGGUGCUAUACUAUUCGAAUUUUCAAUAUACAUGUAAUUGUAUAUAAAACACUUUCUUUUCAUUUUCUUAUUCAUAUCUAAUGCUAACUACGCAUUUAAAAAAAAAACUAUGCAGGAAACAAAUAAAAUAGUUUAACAUAGUUGUAGAAAGUAGCAUGUAGGUGAUAUAAAAAAAAUAGUAAUACGUAUUAAUUUAUUAGGGAAAACUUUGCAUAACUAUCUAUAUACUUGAAUGAAAAAUUUACAAAGAGAAAAUUAAGUAUAUGUGAUAGAUAUUCGUUAUGUUGAAAAGAUUACAAUUUUAUGACGAUUAUUUUAAUUAAAGAUUUAAAAAAAUUACCUCAUUUGCUGCUUCCCUAACUCUAGUCAUUAAUAACUUACUAAAAAAAAGACAUUAAUUGAUUGUACUUAUAUUUUUGUCAGAUUUUAUUGAAUUUAUAAAUAUCUAUAUUUAUUCUUCGUUUUAUUGAUUUUUUUUAAGUUAAAACGUCUUCUACAAGAGUAUUAUUACUAUGGCCACUCAUUAGAGCUUUCAAUGCGAAUUUUUAGAAAUAUAUACCUAAUGUAAUUCUUCGAAUGCCAUUCAUGCAGUAUUUUCUUCCGAAUCUUAUAAAAGAAAAGACAAAGAAAAAAAGAAUUUCGAAACGUGAUUUAUGGAGUUUUUCUGGAGAGAAAUUCCUAGAAAAUGGCAUCCAUUUUAAAAUAAAGUGAAAAAAAUGAUAAAGGUCUUGCCAAGAAAUUUAAUAAUAUACAUGGAUCUAUUCUUCAUAUCUGUAUGACAGAAUUUUCUAAAAGUUUAGAACCUGUAUUGGAAAAUAUUUUACAAAAAAAACUAAGCUAUAUGAUAUUACCUUGACACCACUGAAAUGAUGAAAUUAGAAUUUCGACCAAAAAUAUAUAUUUUAAAAGAUAUUUCGUAAGAAAAACUCGUCUUAUGAUGUAAAUCUGUCCUGAAAAAAUAAAAUCUUCUAUGUUUUAGAUUAUAUAUUCAUCAAUAUUGGUA